AUGAAAGUCAUCAUCAUUGGGAGUGGCCUAGCCGGCCCGGCAAUGGCGCUCGCACUGCACCGCCACGGCAUCUCGUGCAAAGUCUUCGACCUGCGCGACGAGGCCGCGUUCGACGGCGGUUUCGUGGCGCUGGCCCCAAAUGCGCUGCGCGCCCUCGACCGGAUCGGGGUGUACGACCGGGUCAGGACGCAAGGGUGGAACUACGAGGAGUUUCGGUUCCUGUCGUCCAGAAACCUGAGCCGGAUCGCGACGGUGCUGAACGGCAGCGUCGACAAAUACGGGUACAAAGCGGUGCGCGUUUCGCGCGGCAUCGUCCGGCAGACGCUGGUGGAUGCGCUCCGGCAGCGGGACAUCGAGCUGCACCUCGACAGCAAGUGCGUGCAGAUUCAAGAGACCGACCACGACACCGUCAUUGCCACCUUUGAGGACGGGCGUACAGAGGAGGCCGACUUCCUCGUCGGUGCUGAUGGCAUCCACUCGCGCGUGCGUCGACACCUCGAGCCCACCGCCGUGCCCACCUUCAGCGGCCAACUCGGCGUCGGCGGAUCCCUUGCCAGAACCAAGCUGCAGCAGCAACCGGGGAGAGAAAUGUACAUGCCGUGUCUGAUACUGGGCAAGCUGAAUUCGUUCAUGUUCAUGCCCUGCACGUACACGGGGGACCGGGUGAGUUGCUUCGCGACCGUCGAGGCGGGGGACCGGAGUCGCGAGGAAUGGGCGACGCUCCAGAAUGACGAGCAGGCGCUGUACAAGAUGUUGCAGUCGCACCAUGAGAACGAGACGUGGCCGGAGAUUGUCCGCGUCGCGUCGCAGGGCGUCGACAUGUCCUCGCUUUCCCUGUGGCCGUAUUACAAAGUCCCCGAACUGACCUCCUGGUCCAGCGCCUCCAGCAGGGUCAUGGUCAUCGGCGACGCCGCGCACGCCAUGCCUCCCACGGGCGGCCAGGGCGCGGCGAUGGCGUUCGAGGACGCGCUGACUCUGGCCGACACUCUGGCCCUGCUGCUCCCGGACAAAAAGGAGUCUCAGCGGCAUCAAGACCACCUGCUGGAACAAUGGCAGACACUCCGCAAGGAUCGCGUCAAGAAGAUCCUCGCCUUCACCUCCAAGGGCGGGGACAUGCGGAAGUCGUCGCCCAGCACCUUGCAGCAGAUCGUCAAGGAGUGGGUCAUGUGGGCGUACUUCCUGUUCAUCGGCGAGGACGCGGGAUUGUCGUGGAUUUAUGAAUAUGAUACGCGGAAAUUUCCUGGCUACCUUAAGGUACUGUAG